AUGAUCGACAAAGUUAGACGGAACGUGCUUGAUGGCUUGAACAGUCGAUAUAUAUAUGGCCGCUGGCCCCUCUUGCAUACUCUUGUCCUCCUGAUUGAGAUGGCAGUCACGAUGAGACUCGCGGCGAAGUUCAACUCCUACUAUGCAGAGAAGCCGGUUUUGACCACCAUGGUCACCAAUGCUGUCCUAGGUGGCAUCGCAGAUACAGUAGCUCAAUCCAUAACUGCCGUACGGACACGCAUAGCAAGCCACCGACGCUCCCGCAGCAAUACCAACGACCCCAACAACGACCUAAUCUCCAUCGAAAUACACAGCUUAAAUAAGGAAAAGCCGCCCGCGGUCGGCGAGCUGGGAUCCUACAACACCAGACACCUCGCAACACCCUUUGACUUCGAGCGGCUAACGCGGUUCAUGGCGUAUGGCUUCUUCAUGGCUCCCAUCCAGUUCCAGUGGUUUGGGUUCCUGGCGCGCUCCUUCCCGAUUACCACGACGCACGCCACGGUGCCGGCGUUGAAGCGGGUGGCAAUGGAUCAGCUGAUUUUUGCACCGAUUGGCCUCCUAUGCUUCUUCACAUUCAUGACGGUGGCAGAGGGCGGGGGAAGACAAGCGAUCGUACGCAAAAUGCAAGAUGUGUAUACUCCAACUUUGAAGGCGAACUUCAUGCUGUGGCCGGCGGUGCAAAUACUCAAUUUCCGCGUGAUUCCUAUCCAGUUUCAAAUUCCAUUCGUAUCCACCGUUGGGAUUGCGUGGACAGCAUACCUAUCUCUAGCCAACUCCGCUGAGGAAGAAUAG